UAUCAAUUGAGUUUGAACGUGUCUAACAGCAGUACUCUAUUUUCUCUAAAAAUCGACAAGAUGCAAAUCAAGUUCCUGUACUUUUUCCUGGCUGUGAUGACGAUCUUCAUCCUGGGAGCCAAGGAAGCCGAAGCAGAUUGCCUCUCCGGACGAUAUGGAGGUCCUUGUGCUGUCUGGGACAAUGACACCUGCCGUCGUGUCUGCAAGGAGGAAGGACGAUCCAGUGGCCAUUGCAGUGCCAGUUUGAAGUGCUGGUGUGAGGGAUGUUAAUUCGGCACCCUCCAAAAUCGUUGCUGAAAAUUUUAUAGAGCAUCCGCUAAGAAAUACAAAUAAAGCUAUUAUUGCAACGAAA